UUCAAACGUUAAUAACAACAAAAAUGGCGGACGCGGCGGGAAGAAUGCAACAAGUUUUGGAAUUAUUAUCGAAAUUCUCACUUAAUUCCUUGGACAGUGAUUGGACAAAGAGUGUAAUUGAUGCGGACUUCACAGAGGUGGGGGAUCUACCAUCAAACUUUGAGGACCACCAUUUCAGUACAAACUUGAGUGGGUUAUUUAGUGCAGUGAACAAUUCUUUUCGUCAUUGGGUUGACCUACUGCCUAAUUUGACGGACGAUAAUCACAAGAUGUCAACCUCCACUUUGGCAGCUGAGGAUGAUGACGACAGUUUACACACUAGGUUUUGGACAGAGUUGUCUGAUGACUUGAAGAAAUUGAUGACGUUACUGUUUUACUAUUGCUACAGAGGACAAAGAUACGACGCCAGGGAGGCAGAGCGGGAGUUUGGAAUUCAGGCUGCCAGCCUUUAUUUCCUGGUGCUGUGUGUUCCCGGCAGCAAUGCCUUCAGGGUCUUCCAUCCUGUCAUGUAUCGAAAGUGUAUGGAAACGAUGCGUCUUGCCACCAAAUUGCAGGUUGGUGCUGCUAACCCAAAGAAAGGCCGUCACAGCACUGCAGUCCGGGCCAGUCAGCGCAGACACCAGGAAGACCAGAUGAACACAGAGGCAGAGGAGGAGGAGGAGAGUGAGCUAACAAUGCUAACCCCAAGUGAAGCAACCAAACUUGUACGCUCCCUCAACAUCCUCCUUCAUGAUUUCCUGCGACUGACAUUGAGGUUCUCUCUAAAACAUUCUCCAGACUCUCUUGAUGAGACCAUCAGUAUUCUGAUGGAGGUCUCCUGUUCUGAGACCAACAAUGCCUCUGGGAUAUUUGUAGAGCGUCAUGGUCCUGCUACUACCACGGCCCUUGCUUACAAUUCAUAUUGUUCUCUGCAAUCGCUUUGUUGCAAUAUACAUGGCCAGAGAAAGAAGAUAGUUAUGCUUAUCAUGAAGCACAUCCUUCAUAACAUCCUCAUGGUUCCUCGUGGCCUCUCGGAUCUCUCUGGGCGCUCCCUUAAUGUCAUUCGAGAACACUCGCAGAUCUUUGUUAAGUAUAUUCUGAUGCAGGUUAAGGAGGAAGCCUAUGAUGGGGUCUACAUCCUCAUCCAGCACCUAUGCCUCCAGGUGCCCGACAAGGCUGAAUUCCGGCAGAAGGCAGCCCAGUCAGUGGUGGAGAUUUUGCGUUUCCUACCAACCCAUCUAUAUGUGCGCCUCAUCAAGUGGUUCUUCAAGUUUUCCCACAAUGAGAAGGCAGGACACCGGCUCUUCAUGCUUGAGGUCAUAUCCAAAAUGCUUGGUGAGGUGGAACGAAGUGCAGAAGGAUCCCAAGAGAAGCCAGAGGAAGUUGUGCGACCUAGAAGGCCCUCAUCUAACACAGAAUAUCAGGAAAAUGAGAACUCAGAUGACGAACAAGUGGAAGGGGAAAAUAGUUUCUGUGCCGUUGCUGUUGACCACCCUGUGGAGAUACCUCAUGACCGCAAACUGCUGUCUCACAAAUUCUUGUUGAGUAUAAUAUUUUCACGUUGCCGUGAUAGUGCUGCCUCUGUGCGCUCCAAGGCACUUACACUUCUUGCUGAGUGCACUCUGUCCACCAAUCGCACUAUUAUGCUGGCCAUGCAGCAAAUAUUUGUCAACAAUAAACCACGUAUGUUCACCACACCUCACAUUUCUAGUAAUAACAUUAACUGUGAGUCACCAGUUCAAGAGAACGAGGAAGUUGAGGAGGAGGAACUGGAAUUUCCAAAUGCAUCAUUGGUGGUGUCAAUGCUGCAUCGUCGUGCUCUUGAUGACAAAGUGACUGUGCGCAAGUCAGCACUUCAAGUACUUGAAAAUCUCAUGAAACUCCACAAUGAUAUGCUCACCCAUCAAAAUUUUGCGGUGUUGGCAGAGCAUUGUCGAGAUCCUGCACUACUGAUAAGGAAGCAGAUGGUGGUGUCCCUCACUUCAUUGUUGGAACAUUAUCCAGAGCAUGAUGGCAUAACCACCACAUGGAUUAAAGCUGUGCUGCCCCUCAUCCUUGAUCCAGAAGUCAAAGUUCAAGAGCGAGUCAUAGAGGUCAGAUAUUAAUUUGUUCUAAGUAUG